CUGCUGCUUGGGAUUUAAAAUUAUUCUGAGUGCGUUGCUGCCGGCCUCGAGUUUGUCAUUAUCAUCACCUCGUAGAUGUGUUCGUCAUUUUAGUCGAAGGUGUUCUUCCUGGUCGUUUGGGUCAUGGCGGAAGUGGGUCUCGCCUUGGGCUCCUUGCCGGUGUCCAGGCAGAUUGUUUCUUCGAGAAAAGCAAGAAUUAGAGCUGCUGGAUUUGGGUCCUGGUUUCCUGGCUUUCAGCUGAAAUGCUCCCGGCUAACAGCCGAGGCGAAGGCUCAUCCGCAAAUUGUCCAAGCCGAACACAAUUUGAGUCUGGAAGAUGUGAAGGAUACAUCGGAGGUGGAGAAGCCGCUUAAAGUAGCUUUAAUUUGCGGGGGACCUUCAGCCGAGAGAGGGAUAUCUUUAAACUCUGCAAGAUCCGUUCUUGAUCACCUCCAGGCGGAAGAUGUUGAAGUUGAUUGUUACUACAUGGAUCAGCAACUUCGUGCCUAUGCAAUUUCACCUUCUCAGAUGUACUGUAACACGCCUUCUGAUUUCGAUUUUAAGCUGCACAGCUUGGCUCAAUGCUUCACGUCCCAGGCCGAUUUCUUGCGACGGUUAAAAUCUUCCGUCGAUAUUGUGUUCCCGGUGAUACACGGGAAAUUUGGUGAAGACGGAGGCCUACAGGAACUUCUGGAAUCCGCUGGAAUACCGUUCGUGGGAACUGGUUCUUCAGCAGCCCGUUGUGCCUUCGACAAGUAUGAAGCAGCAAAAGAGCUUUCCCGUCAUGGAUUUGUGACAAUUCCAAGCUUUCUUAUUGACAGUCCCGAGAUUGAUAAGGCAGCAUUGGUAGAAUGGUUCAAGGCUAACGAUUUGAAUCCUUCUUCAGAUCGUGUUGUGGUGAAACCAGCCAAAUCGGGAUCAAGCAUAGGGGUUACUGUGGCUCAUGGACUUGACGAGGUCAUCCGUGAUGCUGAGACUUUACUUAAAGAGGGCAUUGAUGACAGAAUCGUGGUGGAAGUUUUUCUGCAAGGCUGUACAGAAUUUACCGUCAUUAUUCUCGAUACUGGUUCUGGUGAACAAGUUCAACCAGUUGCUCUUCUUCCCACAGAGGUGGAACUGUUACAUGGCGAUGGGCAGUCGAUAGGUGAAAAGAUUUUCAAUUACCGGAGAAAGUAUCUUCCAACUAGACAGGUUUCUUACCACACACCUCCUCGUUUUCCUGUUCAAACCAUUCAAAGCAUACGUUCUGGUGCCUCGAAACUUUUCACACUCCUGAAUCUGCGUGAUUUUGCUCGAGUAGAUGGCUGGUUACUUCCACCUUCAAGUUCAUUCAACAAAUCAAAUGAUUUUUUGGUCGUCUUUUCGGAUGUCAAUCUGGUUAGCGGCAUGGAGCAAACAAGUUUUUUGUUUCAGCAAGCUGCACAGGUUGGUCUGAGCCACAGAGAUGUUCUGCGGUUAGUCCUGAAUCGAGCGCGCACAAGAUAUCCCAGCCUUUCAAAUUUUCCUCAGGUGGGAUUGCAUGGAGUUGAUGGCUCCCCGCAAACAAGUAAACGAAAAGUCUACGUCUUGUUUGGAGGAGGAAGCUCAGAACGACAAGUGUCAUUGAUGAGCGGAACCAAUGUUUGGCUCAAUCUUCGCGGCUGUAAGGACCUCGAUGUCUCUCCAUUUGUUCUUGCACCCCAAUCAAGGGGUGAAUCGCCGGAAUCAAGAUCAAUUUGGGCACUUCCGUAUGCUUGUGUGCUUCGUCACACUGUGGAAGAGGUGGUUGACGGUUGUUUAGAGGCACUGGAUCCUCGUUUUUCUGCUGUUUCCGGCUCACUCAAAGCACAAGUGAUGUCAGAACUUAGUUCCAGUGGUUCUAAAGUUGAUUACAAUGUGGGAUCCGGCGUCCCAACGAAGUUGUCCAUGAGUGAAUGGAUUCAGCAUGCUAAGGAUGACGACGCUAUUGUUUUUAUAGCAGUGCACGGUGACAUUGGGGAGAACGGGAUAUUGCAAGAGAUGCUCGAAGCGAAACGCAUACCAUUUACAGGAUCUGGCGUGAAGGCAUCCCGGAUAUGUAUGGACAAAGCCGUUACAGGUCAUACGAUUUCUCCUUUGAGUUCGAAUGGAGUUUAUAGUGCCAAAAGAGUUGUCUAUAAGACAGCAGAGCUGCUUCAUGACUGUGGAGAUAACAGCCAACUUUGGCUCUCGUUGCAAGACAAACUGGAAGAUUCUAGCAUAUGUGUGAAACCAGCAGCUGAUGGAUGCUCCACGGGAGUUGCGAGAUUAUGCUGUGCAAGGGACUUGACGGUAUAUCUCACGGCAUUGAAGGAAAAGCUACCUCGUUUGCUUCCAGGAUCUCUCGGCAAGCCGCAUGGAAUUAUUGAACUUCCUGCCACUAUCCCGGAUAGUUUGAUCUUUGAACCGUUUAUACAAACGGAUGAUAUACUUGUGUGUGAAGAAUCUCAAAUCGCAUGGGAAGGCAAGCAUAGAUGGGUGGAAAUCACAGCUGGUGUGAUUGGUAAGAAGGGUGCCAUGCAUGCUUUGCAUCCAAGCAUCACACUGAAGGAAUCUGGCGACAUUUUGUCCUUGGAAGAAAAGUUUCAAGGUGGUACUGGCGUCAAUUUGACUCCACCACCUCCUCUCAUUUGCAGUGAAGAAGCAGUACGUUCGUGUAGAGAGCGUAUUGAACUUGUUGCCAACACCCUCCAAUUGGAAGGAUUUGCUCGAAUUGAUGCUUUCAUGAAUGUGGACACUGGAGAGGUGAUUGUUAUAGAAGUGAACACGGUCCCUGGAAUGACUCCCUCGACAGUUUUAAUUCAUCAGGUGCUUGCGGAAACCACGCCAUUAUUUCCACGAGAGUUCUUCCGAGCAGUCGUUGAUUUAGGCUCAAAGCGGUAAUCGUAUCACAAGGAAGCUUUCAUACCCGGUCGCCUUUUCUCGAACAUCCAUUCCUAGUCGUUUCUUAACGAGUCCAAGUCCUGUCGGUUUUAAUUUAUACCAUUAGCAUGCAUUGAAGCUCGUGGCAAUAUCUGUUUUAGUGGAAUAACAAGGAAUGAUUUAAACUAGCA